AUUUGUCGCUUGGACGACACAGAAAAUUUAAUUCAAAACAGGAACACGUAAAAUUCGUGCAAGCUGAAAUUUGACUUGGGCAUUUCACCGCAGCACGAAACCGAGCUAACGGUCAAAUCCCGCGAUUCGAUUCCUCCAUUAUAUUUUCCCUUCCGUUGUUUUUAUAUUAUUUAUUUUCUUCCUCAUGGGAGUCGAUGACGCUUUCCUCGAAGCCGGAAAGAAACCUGGGCUAGAGAUCUGGAGGAUUGAGGUAACUGGUGGUUAUUCGUUUUACUAAUGUUUAGUAAAUAUUACAAAUUUCAUAUUCGGUUUAAGGCGUCUGAGAUCGUUAACUCUUCAGUACAACGUUACAAAUAUAUACGGGAACCGGAAAUCGAAUAGCGAAUAGUAAGGUGUACGUCAACAGGAGGCAAAUUCAGGGACUGGUUUCAUCCAAAGAUAAUCUGAAAGAGUAAAGCUCUGUUUGUGACAUUUGUUUCAGAACCGUAAGAAAAAUUUUCUUAAUGCUUAUCUUUGUUUAAUGUAGUAUCGAUAAAAGUGUAGCUAUAUUCACUAUCUUUGCUAAUUGCACGUCAGAAAUAAAGUUAUACGCUGGUACUUAUAAUUCAAUGUUUUUUAUUUUAUAGAGUGGCCUUUAAAAUUCACCACCAACGUAUUAAAGACAAAUUAACUGCAACACAUAACUCAGCUGCAACGUAAAUUUUCAUUUUAGGUCUUACAUACCCAGCAAAGAAUUCUGGCAGAGGAAUGCAUGUCAUAAUCGUGUUCCUGGGUGGCUGCUAAUUUUUAACUUUUAAAUUUGAACGCGGGGUGCGGCUGGAUUUACUCAAAACGCACGAGAUGAACAUUCUAGACUCUGCAGGUUUCCUAUACAUUUUACAAAGCGAAAUCGUACCACUGGGUUAAGUAUAAACUUUAGCCAUCAGGGCUGAACAACUCUCUGUUAAGUCAAGCUUAGCAUUCUAAAUUUUUUUGUCCAGCUAGAACACUGAAGAUCUUGGCUUACCACCAAAAUGCCGUUAACGUUCUCCUUUACAUAAACAUCGGUUAGCUUUUUUCGUUCCUAAAGAAAUUAAAUAUUGAUCAAAUUCAAAUUUUACACAAACAUCUAGAACUUACAUUCUUUUUCAGGAUUUUUAGAUUAUUUUCGCAGUUAGAGAACGGGGAAAAAAACGCGUGAGAACCAACGUCCAACGCUGGGUGUCAAAUCUUUUCUCUGCAAGAGGGCCAAAGGCGGAAAUUAUUUUCUAAAUAUUAAUUCCACUCGGUGAAAAAGGUAAAAGUAAUCAAUUCUUUGACAAACGCCAAAAAUGCAUGCUACACUUAAGCAAGCUAAGUUAACUUCCAGUUGCACUAAGGAAAAGGAGAACUUUCAAAUGUACUGACUUCGUACGCCUUCGUAAGUACCAGCGAUUAGAAAAUUUCGAUCGCGAACUGAACAAAAAGAGGAAAAUAUCCUUAAAAUAUCUUGCUUUGAGGCAUUUUUGAACUGGAACAAUCCAAUGAUACUUACUAAUACUUAAAAUACAUUAUUUUCCAUUAAUUAGUGACCUUGAAAUCCCCUAUUGUACUCACUAGCACCUGAUAUAUAACAGAUUAGUACUGGUCGUUCCACUCUAUUCCUGCAGUCUAUGACUAUUCAUAGCACAUCUUGAUGGAAGUAAAUGUUUUUUAAUCUCCGUAAAUAUAUAGCAUGCAGUGGUGUUGCCCAGCAACCCACAAACCAAGAAAAAGACAGCGCGCAAAGUUUCAAAUAAUAUGUACACUAAAUUAUUUUCUUCGAGUUGUUCAUUUGGCGAGCGUUAAUAUAUUAUAAAAUCAAUGUUUUUUAGGAGGUAACUGAUAAAGAUAGGUUGCAAACGGUCAGUCUCAAUUUCAAAAUGUUUGUCAAAUAAUUUUAUCCUUUCAUUUGAUCUUUGGAGUUUAAGAUUUUGAGCGGAUGUCUAGCCACUGCAGGAACAUUAUUCGCAAAGCCUUCUUAGCUUGUUUAAUGGGUUUAUCGUUAAGAAACAAUGUGUCUCAACUUUACCUUUUCAAGACUUUGUGAGCUAUUGCCGUCCUUCACUUAUCAGUAGGGACCUUACGAUCCUACAACGGCGACGUUCAUGAAACUUUCGGCAAUUUUCUCAAGUCUCCCAGUCGACUUAAAAGAAGGGAAUUUAGGUUGGGGCUGAGACGGGUUCAGGCAGAGAUGGUAGAAUUUAUGCACCUUGCCGUUCCCGUUCUUAAGUAAACUUUAAAAAUUUGGCGAUUUUACGUCGUAGUUGUGCAGGGACAGCAGAAAAAUUGCUCGUUAAACCUAUUGCUUUUUUGACGUUGCCGUCGCCGUCGCCGUCGCCGUCGCCGUCGUAGUUUCGUACUGAGGUCCCUAUAGCCACUCACAUAACGAUGUGAACCCGAGUGAUUCGACCUGCUAGGAAAUUCUCCCUCAUUAACCUUAACGCAACUCCCUCCAAGACAGACAUCAGUGCCUCCGUCUUGAAGCGGCGCGCGCCGUAAACGAAUAGUCUAAGAAAAUGACUGAACUACGAUAGGAGCCUCGCCUUAUUGUGAUAUAUAUUAGGGACCUUACGAAACUACGACGGCAACGGCAACGGGAACGUCAAAAAAGCAAUAAGUUUUAUGAGCAAAACAACAACUCUGCACGUGCAUCACGCUUUUUUGUACAUUUCUUUGCCGUCCCUGUAUAACUAAGACGUGAAGAGACCAAAUUUUAAGUUUACUUGAAAAAAGGGAACGGCAAAGCGAUAAAUUCUACAAUAUCUGUCAGAACUUGGGCGCGGUCCCUUCUCUUCAGCUCUAACCCAAAUUCCCUUCUUUUAAGUAACUACGCCCCUUGGAAUAAUCGCGAAAAGAAAGUGAAAAAAGUCUAUUUUUCAUUGACGUUUUCAUGGACGUUGCCGUUGUCGGAUUGUAAGGUCCCUAUUGUCCUCUUCGGACAGUCACUGUAUUCUGUCACCGUUACCGACAUAGGAAGGGUGCAUACUUUCGAAUGAAUUCGGAUAAAUGAAUGAAUUAAUGAACGAAUGGAUGGAUGAAUGAAUGAAUAGUGUUUAAAUUAAUACCACAGUGGACUGGAAUAGCCAUUUCAUAUAGAAAGGUUUGUUUUGGUUUAAGUGUGCUUAAAUGGAUCCACGAUAGGAUAAAUCAGACUUUGCCUUCACAGGGAUAGAUAGAGCUUAGCAGAUCUUUUUAAGAUCUUUUUAGCUCUUUUUAAUUUACGGAGUUUAAUUUUCUCCUUGCGGUAUCUUUUUGUCUGCGUUUAAAACUGCAAGUUGUAGCUCUAGGAAGGAUUACAUGCUUCUUGCUAAGGUAAUGUGAAUUUUCUUUCUGUUGUAGAAACUAAAAGUUGUUGCUCAAGAUGUGAGUACCUACGGCACAUUCUAUUCAGGAGAUUCGUACAUUUGUUUAUCGGUAAGUUUGCAUACAUCGAACGGAUCGGUACACACUGGUGAUCACUACAGUUUUUUUUACUGAAUUUUCCACAUUUGUUGCUUUCUAUUUUCUUUUCCUUUGUUUAGUUUAUUUAUUGAAGUUUUGACUUUAUACAGUCAUUCAGUACUUGUUCCUCUGUUGACUUUGAUUUCCUUUUCUCUUCAUCUUUAAAUUUACCAGACAAGGAAAGUUGAGUCUCAUUUAGAAUGGGAUAUCCAUUUUUGGCUCGGUAGUACAACCUCGCAGGUAAAUGCAUUAUUAUGCGGUUUUCAAUGCAGAGUUGAAAGCAAUUCUUCUAAGAAGUGUACGAUAUUGCUUUGUCUUUAUACCGACCAGCAUGUGGGAUGUGUUAUUAUAAUCGUAUCAUAUUAAUUAAACCACAAAUAAACUAUUUCGUUAUAGGACGAGCAGGGCGUGGCAGCUUACAAGACAGUAGAGUUGGAUGAUCAUUUAGGUGGGGGUCCUGUGCAGUACAGGGAGGUAGGUUGACCACAAAAUAACCACCAACUGAAUAUAGUGUACAGUAGUAAUCUCUUAGUUAUAUAAGACCAACUUCCUGUUCUGCCCAAGAAACAUUUCAGUCUGUCGCCGAAAGUCUAUGUGGGUUUUACUACGUGAAGUUAUAUUCUGACUAUUCUGCCCAACGAACUUUUCAAGUCAGCGGCCUACACGUCAUACGCUUAUGAUAUUCAACAUGAUUCAGUGAAUAUCUAAUCACUACCCGGAGUAAAUUAUGGUAAUUUAUUAAUUUUAGACUCAGAAUGAAUUAAGGAAAGGAAACGUAGUGCCAAGGACGAACUAUAACUGAAUUCAAUAGUGAAUAAAACUACAAUCACAAAUGAUGCUUUGAUCACUCGGCACAAAUAAACAUGUGAUAACAAGAACCAGUUCGUUCUUAAUUUCUGUUUCUUUGUCUGUAUUAGGUUCAAGACCAUGAAUCAAGAAAAUUUUUGUCUUAUUUUCCUAAAGGAAUAAGGCGAGUGGUAUUUUUAUCUAUUGUACUGUUUCAUUAGAGAGAGGGUACCCUUUGUCAAAUGAGACGUAAAAACAGAACUUUAGUUAAGUCACGCGGAUGCAAGACAAGUUUACAAACGUUACAUGAUGCGUGCCUUUUAAAGAAUUUUAAAGUGAUUGAGAUCAGUUGCAGAACAAAUUGAAGUACAAAAUUAGUCGCGCCUUGCUUAUCUUUCUUUCUGGUAGAUACCUCGAAGGCGGGGUCGAGUCUGGCUUCAGGAAAGUACAAAGAGGUGUUUAUGAGAAAAGGCUCUUUCAUGUCAAGGGCAAAAGAAAUGUGCGAGUAUCACAGGUUGGUUUUACGGUUAUUUAAUUAUACUAAGAGCCAUAAUGGCUCUUGAAUAUACCCCUUUGUUUUUCCGAUUCAUUCUAAAACCACAUUGUAAUCCUUCUUGACAAUGUGUUAAAAAAACUAUUUGUGAUUAAAAAGAGAUCACGCGUGUAAUUAUAUGAUCCUUGGCAACAUCUUUAUCAUUGACCCUUUUUUGGCAGAGUACAGUUCGCAGUAUUUUACUAAUUAUUAUUAUUAUUAUUAUUAUUAUUAUUUGUUAUUUUAUUUUUUUUUUUUUUUAACAAUUCGACUAGAAAUGUUUGAGUUUAAAGUCAAUGUCUAGCCUGUACGGCGGGUGAUUGAAGGCAAAGGGAAACAGGGAAAUAAGGUGCGCGCAAACGGGGUGAACGAGCGAGGACAGAGUGAAGAGUUCCUUCCUUCCUUGCCCGCCUAUAGCGUUUUUCGCGCACCCAAAACACUCAAGAGCCAUCAUGGCUCUUGGCUGGCGCACCUUAAUUCCUCCAUUCUCUUCUUCUUCAAAAGCCUGCCACGCAGGUUAGUGAUUCAUUAUUGACAGUAUAAGGUAAUUGUAUGGCGCGCGAGGAAGGAGAAAAGGAACAUCGCGCGCGCUCACGCUAGACAUUUUUAGCCUUUCCUAAAGUGUUUCGCGACAAUUAAUGGUAAGUUUGUAAAUGUCCUUUGCAGGUAGAACUUCAUUACACUUCUCUGAAUAAAGGAGAUGUGUUUAUCCUGGAUGAAGGGAUGACUAUUCACUGCUGGAACGGUUCACAGUGUAGCAGAACUGAGAGAAUGAAGGUAUGUCUAAGUUAAUCAUUCCCUCAACAUCCCUUCGAGGAAAAUCAAAGUCCCCUAUCUCCAUCAACUAUCCCUUUACGAUGAUACUUAAAGGUGGGUUUGUUUAUGGAUUUCAGACCACACUAUAGACGUACGUUUGAGGACGGAAUGAAAUGACUAAUUUUCAUCUUCUUCCGGCACAGCCGCUAUUUAUUAUCACCAUUCGUGGGUAACCUGGCAUUCUGUCACAUUAUUUUCGUUUGGUUGCCCCCCCUUUAUGCUGUUGCCAAAAUUUAUGGCAUCAACAAGGUUCAAGGUUCAAGAAGCAGUGUGAUGGGAAGUUCUUGUUUUCCAGGGAAUUGAAGUAGCUAGACGCAUAAGAGAUGAAGAAAGAGGAGGAAAAGCAAAGCUUGUCAUUAUAGGUACAAUAUCUCACUGUAUACACUUUAAUCAGCCUGCGAGUAAGCUCUCCAUUUGGGGAAUAGAAGUCACGCGAGAGCGACACGCACCUUGAGGACGAUGGGUGAAGAAAGAAAGGAAGCCUGUCUUUUAUGCCUCCCUUGCGACUUAGCCCUCUGUGUUGUCUUUUUUCCUUUUUAUCAGCUACCACGUAAAGAGACCUCUGGGGAGGAGAGAGCCUCGCCCUUUCUUUGCGGAGGAGAGAUUUCCCGCCGCUUGCUCACUACUCACUGACAGGCGACAUCGAAUAAAGACUGAGCUUACUCGCAGGCUACUUUUACAUCAUUAGAGUUCACUCUGUACAUUUUGAGCUUUUGUACCAAUUCAGGGCCUUCUUGACCUUUAAUAACCAGGUUAUUAUUUUCAGACGAGGGUAAAGACCACCGAGACGAAAACAGUUUUUUCGAAGCCCUCGGCUCACGAGGUAACGUCAAGGAUGCGUCUGAAGGAGGCGAUGACGUAGCAUUUGAAAAAACCAGUCAACAAAGUGUUACUCUCUACAGGUAUUAGAUACCAGCAUUUAUAACACUGUUAUUCUAAAAUAAGUAAAGAGAUAAUUUAGAAGCGUUUCCUUUACCUAACAAGAAACUUAAAGAUGCUGUGCAGGAUAAUAUAAUUCAUGUAGAGGAGCGAUACUUACACUCAGAUUCACUGCAUGACUUAUUAGCGCUUUAAGCUAACGUUUGCGGAAACAUUCGGGAGUGUCUCAUGUGCAAGUUUUGUUAAAACCCUCUGUCAAAUGUAAGCUUAUUCAAUUUCUUAACUGAAACUUUCCUGUCAAUUUUAAUUUAUCCAUUUUUAACGCGAGUGUCCGAAUAAUAAGGACAGAGUAGUAGAUCAAGUUUUUCUAAUCAUUGCUAAACGAUUAAAAACCGCCUCCUGAUAAGCUCAGUUAAGAGAGCGCCGGUCUACUGAGUGGGAGGUCUCACUGGUUCAAACCCAGGCCGGACCAACACUCAGAGCCUUAAAAGAAAUGAGGAGCCAAAGUGCUGCUUUUGCAAUGACAUCUAUUUUAUUUAUUUAUUUUAUUUUAUUAGCUUCGCCUAUUACUGAACAAUGAACAAUAAAUACUUAAUAGGCAGGGAUGCCACUGACAACAGCGGUGACCCAAUUACAGUGGUCCCAGAGCUUUAAAAGAUCUGUAAGAAACAGUAGAACUUCACAUAUCAAUUAAUAACAACAACGGUUAGACUUCCUAAACUUCUCAGAUAAGGACGGAAAACAGGUCUGGUCUCACAGCACUUCACUUAUCUGGUUCUUGUGGAACGUGAAAGAACCCACACCACUGUUCGAAAAGAGCAUGGGACGUAGACCCGCCGGUUUGGCCAAAUUCUUCUCGGCUGGGUGGGUUAUCUGUAAGGACAUACUUAAAUUGGAGCCCCGCUCUUUUGUAUGUUCCGCGCCAUAUAUUAUAGUGGAAGUGAUUAAGCGAAUAAUAGCCUGCAACCUAGAAGGCAAGAUUAUAGAUCGCACAGCUAGUGCAAUAUUCUCUUUGCAGGGUUUCUGAUGAAAGUGGAAGUCUAGAGAUGACGCCUAUCAAUGAAAUGCCUUUAAAAAAGGAGCAUUUGGAUCCGUAUGUGAGUAAUAUUACACCUUUGAAAAUUGUACAGUCAACUCUCUCCAAUACGGACACCUUUGGGACCGGCACAACGUGUCCGUCUUAUAAAGAGUCAAAUAAAGGGAAUAAACAUAGGCAGGGACCAACUCUAGGUGUCCGUUUUACAGAGGUGUCCGUCUUAUAGAGGUGUCCGUUAAGAGACAGUCGAGAGUAUAAUGAUAAUCCAUACUAAACAAUACAUGUAAUAAUAAUGAUAAUAAUACCUAAUAAUAAUGAUUUAUUGACAGUAUUUUUACAUUUGUCAUACUAACUAAAAGCCAAGUAUUUACAUAAUGUUACUAAAAAAGCCAACUAUCUACAUAGUGCACUUAACAACUGUUAAAACUGUUAAGUCUACUAUACUUCAAUACUGUGAGUAACCGUAACUAAGAAACCUUAUCAAGACAACUCAUGAAGCCCAACUUAAGUGCAAGCCUACUUACUCUAUAGUCCAUGUAUGCGAUUUUUUAUUCUAAGAUUGUAGAACAGGUAAAUGUUGUACGAAAAUAUGCUCCGAUUCCUACUGAUAACUUUUCAACCAAGCUUGUUAGACCGAACAUGUUUAAAAUGCAAAACAAGCCUGCGAUGUGAGUGUUGGCAUUUUUUAAUGUUGUUGUUGUUAUAUCGAGUAAACUGGCCUUAUCUUUCCAAGUUACAGCGCUUUUAACGAACAUUUCUCAACUUGUCAGAACAACAGAGCAUUGUCCGCCAGUUUGAGUUUUCACUUAAGACUGGACCCGAGUUUUUGACGUAGUUGACUUCAAAAACAUAUCUGGUUUCAGACGUCCACACGAAUUCACCAAACCCAUCGGUUCAGAAAAAAAACCACUCUGGAGAGUGGUUUCAAAAGUAUGCGGUUUCGAUGUGCGGAUUGACUGGUUUCGUGUGGACAGAAGGCCGAUUCCUACAAAAAAGUAUCCGGAUUCGUUAAUGAGCCAGUUUAUGUCGUUGUAGGACUGUUUUAUUCUGGACUGUGGAAGUAGUGGUAUAUUUGUUUGGAUCGGUAAGAAGUGCACUGACGCAGAAAAGAAAGCAGGGAUGAAAAAUGGAUUGGUAAGCUGGACUAAAUUGAUAAACAUAAUGUGACACAGAUAGAGGGCCGUCACAGGAGCCAUGACUUUUAUCGCUGCAAGAGGUACUGCCCUCUUAAAAUUAAGUCUGUUGUAUUGUAUUUCAUUUUAUGGCUGAAUCCGCGAGCGGGAAAGAUGAAGCGAAUCCUGCAUUUUGAUUGGAUACCCGAGCGGGCAAGAUUGACCCUUCUUGCCCUCUCGGGAUCUCCCGCGUAUUCCCGUUCUCGUUCUCUUGUACUUGGUCAGUAAAGGAUUUUUAAAUGUUUUUUUAACAAGUCUUGUCAUCUCUUUUCCUUUCCCCAAUUUCUCCUGUUAUUGUUUCCCAUGCAGCUUUGAGGAAUUCUGAACAGGUCUCUUAAAUUAUAGUGACGGUAUUUCUGAAGUAGUCUAGCUUAUUUCUCACUUUUGUCAUUUGAAGGAAUUUAUAAGCAAGAAGGGAUAUCCUCAGUGGACACAAGUCACCCGUGUGGUGGAGGGUGGUGAGACACCUAUUUUCAAACAGUUCUUCUCAGGGUGGAGAGACGAAGGUGAACAGGUCGGACUCGGAAAGGUGUUCAGGCAGGGCCACUUAGGUGAGUUUAUUCCACUCCCGUAUAUGUUCUUUAUCUUCACUGUCGAUACCGUAUUUAUCUUAUCAGAACAAAGAACGAAAGUAAACACACGAAAAGAGCAAAAACAAAAACGAAGGCGACUGUGUUGGUAUAACUUUACGGUAAGCUCUCUUAAAAUUCUCCUUGGAGCGGGCUAAGUUGUAGCCUAGGACCACAUCAAUUCCAAAAAGAGUCUUUAGACGAGCUUGUUCUUAUCUCAGACGACAUUAUAUGAUUUGUCAAUCAGCUAAACAAAGCAACGAAAAGUUUGAUGCCAGUCAACUACACGACCGCGAAAAACGAAAACACAAAACGGAAAUCCUCCCGGACGAUGGAACAGGAGAUGUAGAGGUAAACACGAUUCCUUUAUUUAUACACUUGAGUUUAAAAACCACUUAAAUUUAAGCAACACCACAUCUGAGCAAAAAAUGGAACACAAAAAGGGAAGGCUGAGUGAUUGAAUGCUAAAAUUAAGGUUGCUAUACCCUCUUUGUUACCCGAUAAUUCACAUUUUUACGCUUCGUGGUCAUUUCUUAACUUCUCCUUGCUUGCUUUGAAACCGCCGAUUUACCCCGCAUUGUUUCCAGAGUUUGAACGGAGAAACAUUUUUACCCUUUUUUUUAUCAGAGAGUUUAUUCGUCGCUAAGUGUUUCUGUAGUUUAUGAUGGACGACCAAUUUAAUAAGCUGAGUUACGAGGAACGUUUUUCAGUUCAACUGUUCAGCAGUUUUCUUUCCUAGUCCGGCCCGAGGCUGUUCAUUUAUUAUUGACUGAGCUUCUUUGUUUCCAGAUCUGGCGGGUCGAAGAGCAUGACUUGAUUCCGUGGGAACAGAAUUUGCACGGGAUGUUUUUUAGCGGCGAUUCUUACGUUAUCAAGUAUAACUACACGGCCAACUGGAAACGACGAAUUAUCAUCUACUUUUGGCAGGUGAAGUAAGGUUCUGGAUGCACUCACAAUACUGAAACAUCCAACAACGCACGGCAACAGAACACUUAAUUAUAGAACAACCGCGAGUUUAAAUAUUUAGUAAAUAAUAGAUGAUAAUAAAAUUAUAGCAUUAUAUAUAGAUUACAAGAGCGUCAAAGUCCUAAACCAAUCGUGGCUUACAAUUUGAUAUGAUUCAAGAAAGAAAAGCCUAAUCAUAUUUGCACGAUUAAUCCGGUGUGGCAAAAAAGGAUUUUUCGAAAUUCAAUUACUUUCUGAUAAACCCCUUCAAAAACGGGUGCUGUUUUUGAAACGUCCAGUGGAUUGGAUUCUUUUUAUAACUUUGGCUUUUCACUGUCAACUCGUUUACUUGUAAAAAAAAGUCGGUUGUCGUCAAUUUCAACAGUUUAUGAAAAAGGAAUUCUCCUUAUAAAUUAUCCAGAAUCAUUUAUAAAGGAGUUUAUCGUUUUGUUAUUUUUUUAUAAGGGAGCAAAAAGCAGCAUUGAUGAAAGAGCGGCAGCAGCCAUGCUAACUGAUCAAAUGGACAAAAAAUUGGGAGGAAUAGCAACACAGGUUUGUGGCUGAGUUAAUCAGGUAACUAUAUUGCCACUAAAUAGGAACAGUGUUGGUCCAAUAUUCUAACAAACCUGGAUAUUGUUCCUGAAAUAUUAUGAGCUGUUUAUCUCAAUAUAUUAUAUUUAUAGAGAGAGAGUCAAUAUUGCGGUGAAGACGAAAACUUUUGCCAUCUAGUGUAUAAUCGAUCACUGCCAAAAAACUUACCUUUGGAAACGCUUUUUAAAGUAACUAGGUAAUUAAAGAAAAACCAAAUUUGUCGUCAGAGAUUUGGAAAUGAUUUGGAAAUAAUAUUUUAGUCUUCCGUUCAGGGAAAUAUAGAGGCGAGUGGAGCGUUGAAUCGUCACGCUUAUCUUUAAUUUUCGAGAUGCCACUCUUCCAUCUACUCAUUUGCUACUGGAAUAUACUGAAAGCUAUUAUAGGUUUGAUGGAUCUUCAUGCGUUUCAGGUACGAGUCGUCCAAAACAAAGAACCCGAGCACUUCUUAAGAAUGUUUCGAGGGCGCUUUAUUAUCCUGGAGGUAAGAUUCUACGACCAUAACCACCACCCAUUCUCUGACAAGUUCUUUUGUCCCACUCCUCGCGCGCCCGAAUUUCCCCUUCCCCUUUUAACACGUGCCAAGCAGUCUAAAGAUAGAUUUCCACUGUCGCGUUAUUUCUACGUGCUUAUGCGAGUAAAAUUUACGUGCGUAAAUAAAAUAGAAGAAAUGCAUAAAAGGUCGCGCGUUAAAAGUUGAGCGAAGUUCAACUUUACGUUCACGAGCGACCUGUACAUUUCCCCGAUUUUAUUACGCACGUAAACUAUGCGCAUACGCACGUAAAAACAACGCGACGGUGGGAAUCACCCUAAGCGUAGACACGAGGUUGGGCCUUUGCUUCCAUGCAGAGACCGUUUUCUCUCAUGUGUUUAGAAAUAAUCUUAAGUAUAAAAAGCAAAGAGCAACAGAGGAAAUGUAUUAAAAUAUUUCAUUCAGCUUACAAAGACUUUCUGCUUGACUUUUGGGUUGUUCACAGGGUGGUAAAGGAGCUGGAUUUCGAGCCGGAUCCGAGGAUGAUACGUAUGACAAGGAAGGCAAAAGAAUGUUUCACGUACGCGGCACGUCAGACAUGAAUGCUAAGGCAAUACAGGUCAGUCACCAUUCUCUUGUCCACAGGCUGCGAGGAUCGUCUGUUGCUCGUUCCGCAGGACAAGGGUAACGAAGGCCUUCGGGACGAGAUUGUUUAGUUACACGAUUGGUCCAGCUGUGCGUAUUAUGCACAAGCAACCAGCCUCGAAAACCGUGACCAGGUCUAUUCGGCGGGUCGGUAUAGUAGUGUAGUGGUAAAGGAGAGAGAUUAGGACACGAAAGGUCCGGGUGGCGAGGUCUGGGUUUGACCUCGGGUUGCGAUUUUCUGUCCUUUUAAUAGAAACACUCUCAAUAACAGGUCAAAAAUUUUCUAAGUGUCUUAAAACUGGCAGCGACCGUUUACGAAAGGGACAACUGCGGCUCCGACAGUAACACUACCUAGCUUCAGUUUAAGUACACAGUCAAAAUAUUAGGGAGGUUAAGCAACGAGGACGGCGACGGCAACGAGAACGGCGAAAAAAACCAUAGGUUUAGAUUGGCAAAAUAACAACUUUGCACGUGUAUCACGCUUUUCAGUGUACAUUUCUUAGCAGUCGUUGCACGACUACAACGUGAAAGUGCCUAAUUUCACGUUUUGUCGAGUACGGGAACGCAAAACAACAAUUUUCUUUUUCUUUUCCUGAACUUUGAUACAAUCUUUUAGAAUUCAACUCCAAGGAAAUUUGCCAACGUUUGACGAAUUAAACGAGAUGGAAUAAACGCGAUAAAAUCUGAGGCAGCGCGAAUUCACUUUUUAAGUGACGUUUUCGUAGCCGUCGCCGUCGUCGUUGCUUAACUUCCUAUUGAUACGCUGAAAGUAGCGGCUUAAUCAGUUGAAAAUUUUCUAAGUAAAGCACUUCAUAGAUAAGUGCUAUCUAAACUCGAAAUGUGCUGAUACUAAUCUGAGAGCGCGUUUUAUCAUAAACCAUGAACUGUUGUAAAUAGGAAGAUUUAGUUGAGUGUUCGCUCGGUUCCUUUGUCUUUUCCCAGGUGCCCCGAAGAUCGGCAUCGUUGAAUUCAGGAGACAUGUUUGUACUGGAGACUCCUAAUCUUGCUUAUUUAUGGAGGGGAAAGGUGAUUACCGCAAUACCAUUACAAUACUGUCACAGCAAUACUUUUACAAUACUGUUACCUCAAUAAUAUUACAUGCAGGUAAUGUAUGGGUAUUGUGUUUGACUACAGGGAGCAUGCGCCGCCGAAAGGAGAAAUGCCAGACAGCUUAUUGACUACCUUAUGGUUGGCAGGUUGGUGUAAAUGUUUUUGCACAAGUGUUACAGAAGGUACUUUUGACGAAAGUUUCACUUUUCUCAGGGGGCUAGGGGGGGGGCUGGAAUAACUGGAAGGUUCAAGUAUGAGUAUACUUUGCUGUGAUUCAUACCCACAAAACAAUAAAACUGAAACAAAAACAAAAGCGUCGGUCGAUAUACAAUAGUUUCCCUAAAUUUCUAAAUUUGCGGAAAACUUCAAACCUUCUCAAAACAAGCAACGAUUUAAAAUUCCUUACCCCAGCAGGAAACUCGUAAAGCCCCAUAGAGUAUGUGUUUCGAAACGUUAAGUCAAGUUACAAAUCAGGUACAGUUGUAUAUUAUGGAAGGUUACAUUGUGUACUUUGUUGUUUAUAUGCCGUAAAAUUCCUAAAAUAAGCCCCUCCAUCUAUAAGCCCCCCAAACCGCCAACGCAAAAAACCCUCCGUUAAAUCGCCCCUCCAAAUAUAAACCCCCCGCGGGGUUGUACUUGGAAAAUUGCCUUCAAAUACAAAGUAAAACAAAGCAAAAACGGUAAAUUUCCUUCCAACUAUAAGGCUAGCCCAAUCGAUUUUGAAACGCAAAUUUCCCUCCGAGAUAAGCCCCUCCGAAUAUAAGCCCCUCCAAAAAUAAGCUCCUCAAAAAAGGGCCUUUGAAAAAUAUAAGCCCCGGGGCUUAUUUUCGGAAUUUUACGGUAUUUCAAAAUAUAUUCAGUGCACAUCACUAAAAUGUUUCUUAUUCGGAAGUUCUGUUAAUAGAAAGCCGGCCACAUCAUGCGUGCAUUGUUUGUUGAUACACCUUAUAAAUAAGCAAAAUCCUGCCUCCGAGUUUUAAUUAUCCAAUAUGAAAGGUUAAAUACAUUAGAGUGUAAUUAUGCAGUUAUUCACUUCCGUCUGCUUGCUGUAGGGAGGUGGAGCCAAUUCGUGAAGGGAAGGAGCCGAGAGAAUUCUGGGACGCCAUUGGUGGAUAUGAAGAAUACGCCACCGGAAAAAGAAUGGAGGUGACGUGCAAUUUAAAUGGCAGUAGGCAGAAUUAGCAAAGAAAACGUACUCGCUAACCCGAAAGCGCGAGGAAAGGACCGAACCCGACUUCCUGAAGUGCCCUACUUCCAUCGGUCAAAUCAGUUUUAAGCGCGCGCUUCCGUCACUGUCAUCGCAAUGUCUUUUAGUUGCAAAGUCUACCUAGUAGAUACACGAGCGAUCGAUUAACGAGAAUAAAUUGACUUACAAAUUAACGUUUCCCCUUUACCACAAGCGUGAUUCUAACUUCUCUAUGUGUAAUUUUAAAGAUUGUAUGCAAUGUAACACUAUUAAGAAUUUAUAACAUACAUACUUGUAUACAUACAUAGCCUUUAUUUAAGUGUCUACGCCUUCUAACAUUCUAGCACCUCUCGGCACUAAUUGGGGACACAUUUAAAACCAAUAAAGUUUAACUACUAUAAAACAUAUAUAAAAGCCGGAAAAUUAACUUAUUCACUAUAAUACACUGUAAUGACAAUAAUCAGAAUGACAAUACUCAAGGAAUAAUUCGUCGAUUUCUUAAUCUAAUUUUUAGGAAGAAAGGCCCAGCUAUCCGCCGCGUUUGUUUCAGUGCUCCAAUGCCUCAGGGGCGUUUAAAGUAGAAGAAAUAUUUGAAUUUUCUCAAGAGGUAACAUACCCUUUUAGAAGAACCGCUUAACUAUUAAAAGACGCAUAAGCCAUUUGCUGUGCACAGUUCCUUUUAAUGAUACAUUCCUAAAGAAAGCUCUUUCUUUUUUCUUCUUUUAGGAUCUUAUCGAGGAUGAUGUUAUGUUUCUUGACACUUAUGACGAGGUAUAAUGACCAUGCAAAUUUCAGGUUUUCUGGAGAAUACAGAUUGAUCUGAUCCAGAUGCAGUGAUUUUGAUACAGUUCAGUCGAGUGAACAGCUUUUUAAGUUCUUUGCUACAGAUCACUUUAUCUUGUAUUGAUUGAGUAGUGUUUCUAUCGUCAGGUGUUUGUCUGGCUUGGGGAUGGAGCGAACGAAGUAGAGAAAUCUGAGGGAGUCACAGUAGCAAUGGUAAGGCUCUAAAAGUUGCCCAGUCAACUGCAGUAUCUAAGGCCUACCCCUGUCCUCCGAGUUGUCAGUCUUAUAAAUUGGAAAGUAAGGGGAAGAAGAAUACAGGGAAGUUGACUAUGCUACCAUGGUAUUUUAUUGGCCAUUGCCUGAGCCUUCACUGUGGCGGUCUUUUGCUUAGGGUGACGCAAGAUUGGGGCUGUCAGCUGAGGGCUUGAGGUUUUCAUUUUCAUGAGCUCCUAAAAAACAUGCGUUUCUCCUCUCUCCGCCGCGGGGACUGUGGGGGACUUUUCCGCGCGGGGUGACGUCCCCAGCAAGAUUGGGGCGGUCAGCCGAGGGCUUGAGGUUCUCAUUUUCAUGCAGUCUGUGACUUAAAGAUAAACACGUGUAAUUUAUUGACGCGCUUAAUUUUAUCUUCGUUUCCAGGAUUACGUGAGCUCUGAUCCAUCUGGAAGGACCUUGGAAGAUACAGUGAUAAUACAAGUAAAACAAGGCUACGAACCACUGAAUUUCACUGGACAUUUUCAGGCCUGGGAUAGAGAUAAAUGGAGCGUAAGUGUAACAUCCAACUAAUUAGCUUGUGUUCUAUUUAACUGAAACAUCUAAAGACAAUACUGCUCUUCCUAAUAAAAAUUCGCCUAUGCCAGCCGCGGGUUAAUCAGCAAUUGCGCUUUAUCCUCUCUUGGCUCCAUAUGUCUCUGACGAGGUUUUCGCGCGGCCUGUGAUAUGAGUUAUCCUUUUAUUUGGAAGAGGUUAAAGGAAAUCCUGGGAGGCUAUUCGAAAAAGGAAUCAACUGAAAGCCCGGAGGGCGCCAUCCGCCUCCUCGCCCCAAAUUUUAAAUUGAUAUUUCUAUUUUUCACUCUUAAUUCGAUUUUUCAUCUUUUCUGUGAUUAGAAUAUUUGCUACUAUCCCUUAUCGUAAUGAUCUGCCAGUGGGGAGGAGCGCAAUAUGUGUGACCUUGGAACAGUCGCGCAGAGCGCGGACUGAUAGUGGAUGGCGAAAUAUAGAAAGGAAAAAGUCGCUUUGCUUUUCUGCCCUUUUCAUUUUUUUGCUCGUCUCGCUUACCUUAAUUAUCUAUUAUUAAGAGAUUAUUCUCUCUUGCUAUUAUCUAUCUUAAUCGAUCGUGGGUCACUGGAGGCGUGGAGGCCUAUUUGAGGGAAGGAGUUACUUGCCAUUCAAUUACAAAGUGUUCCCCUGCAGCAAGAGCUAUUGUAGUUCCUUACCUUGCAAUAUACAAUAAUCUAGGUACAGAGUAUUGUUGUACGCUUUGAUUAAGGGUUAAUUCAAAUACAAGAGACACGUUCGAAAAGUACAUUUUCAGGAGAGUCAUUUCUACUUGCAAAGAAUGCCGUUUGACACUUGACUUUAUUAAAUAAUUAAAAUUCAAAUUGUUUUAGAUAGUUAUAUCCUAUUGUUUUUUUUUCCACGAUCGAUUGUUUCUCUUUAGGAAGGAAGGACUUACGAAGAGAUGAAAAAUGAAAUGGGAGAAGACACAAUGAAAAAGUUUUCAGAGAUACGAAUAACACCGAAGGUGAAUUUGACAAGACGAUUAAUCACAUUCAUACUUGAUGCAGGAAGUUAUUCUUAAAUGGCAACAUUGAAGCUUUAGUGUGUCUCACCCUAUGGACUUUGUCAGUGGAACUUGUAUUCUAGAUUCCAAUCGUGACUGGGAUUCUAGAUUCCUUGUUCUUUUUUCGUGGGUAACUGAUCACUCCCCGAGGUUUAGAGUUCGUGUGUUUUUUGUUUACACCAUGUUUAGAUUGUAAAGACAAUGAACCACAAUAACAACGCUGAUUUUACUGAUGGUGUGUGUCAUCCAUAUGACGUCCUGGCUCAACCACACCAUCUUCUUCCAGAGAGCAUCGAUAAAACCAAGAGAGAGGUAGGGUCAACACUGAAUGUGAACUUUGCACAACAACUAGAUGAAGCGCACUUUUUAAUUUUUUACAAAUAGCCGAUAGGGCAAUGAAUACUGUUAUAUACUGUAUAUCUUAAGAUCCUUAAGAAGCCUCAGAGAACGUGUUGUUUAGCAUCAUCGCCACAAAGAAAAAUUCGUCUAAAUAUGGUAUUAAUGGUUAUUGUUUUCUUUUGUUUGCGUUUACAGCGCUACCUAUCAAACGAGGAGUUUUUCUUGGUAUUCGAUAUGGAGAGGACUGAGUUCGAGUCCUUGCCAAGAUGGAAGCAAGUCCAGCUCAAAAAGGAGAAAGGACUGUUUUAGUUCUUUUGCUAACUUUAUUAAGAAACACGAACUUCUCCAGAUGCUUUCUCUACGCGUACGGUUAGCCUCUGGUUGGCUUUAUUAGUAUUCUCGUCCCUCUGCAAGAACUGCAUGUCACCAUUAUGUCUAGAGCGACUUUCCUGCUUGAGCCGGCCUCGAUCAUUUGCAAACUGAGUCCGAACAUAGGUUUAAAUCAUAUGAUUAAGGGACAUGGAAUAUAAUUGCCCAAUUCAGGCGGGUGAACGUCCCUACUCUUUUUCAGUCCUAUUUAUGUGGUAGCGCCCUCGCUCUUAUCGAAUUGCGGAGUUCCUAUUUACAAAAGGAUUUCACAGGACUUAAAGAGAAACAAAACAGUACAACAAGAGGAAAAUUUUUGCGGGU